AUGCAAUCUACGAAGCUAUUUAAAGUUAUUAUAGUUUCAAACCUUUCCACUUUGACAUUUUCAUUGGUCCUCCACUCCCCUCGCCGUAAAUACCAAGUCUCCCAUCACAAAAACUCCUCUCUCCUGAUAUAUAAACAUCUCUCUCAACUCAUCCAUGAUUUGAUUCUAAUAAAAAAACAUACUCUUUCUAUCAUGAUGUCUUGUUUCUCUGUAUCGAAACGCCAUGUUUCGGUCUCUAUCCUUGCAGUGGUGGCCAUGCAACUCCAUUUCAUACAGAGUGUUUUGUCCCUAAACCAGACCAAUGCAUAUCUACAACACAUAUGCAUCAAAAGUGAAGGGACAUACAAGUCGGAUAGUUCAUAUGAAAGCGAUGUCAAACGUUUCCUCGAUGUUGUCGCUGAUGAUCUAACUUCCGGUUUUGGCAGCGGUACUGGUGGUAGUGGCGCUACUCUUGAACAUGAAGGUACUCCCUUCUAUGCCAAGUUCCAGUGUAGGGGAGACAUCUCUGAAUCCAAGUGCCGCUCUUGCCUUUACACCGCCUUCGCUGGGAUUCGUAGACUAUGUCCGAACAUGCAAGGAAGAAAAAUAUGGUAUGACAACUGUAUUCUUGACCUUUCUUCGACCUAUACCUAUGAUAAGAUCGAUUACAAGCACGUCUUCUAUUUGCACAAUGCAAAAGAUGUGAGCGGUGAUAUAAAGUCGUUCAAUAAGAAUACGAAAGCUCUCCUCUAUAAGCUGAAGGAGAAAGCAAGUAGGAAAGACCAAAAGCGCUACAGAAAAGACUACUUGUAUGCGGCCGGGGAGGAAAGUCUAGGGAAGAUGAAAUUGUACGCAAUGGCGCAAUGUACGCGAGAUUUAUCUUUUAAAAAUUGCAGUGUGUGCUUGGAUUGGAUAAUGGCAAAGCUCCCAAGAUGCUGCAAUGGUAAACAAGGAGGAAGAGUUUUGAAUCCCAACUGUAAUUUUAGGUACGAGCUUUACCCUUUUGUAAAUACUCGAAAGACUGACGAAUGA